AUGCGCGGGCGGGGUGAGGUCCCCAAGGCGAGGUCCAUUCUUAUCAUGGACAACUUGCACGCGCAGACCACGGACGAGUUCAAGGAGUAUCUUGCGAAGCACUGCAACACUCUCGCCUGGUAUCGCCCUUCGGAGUGCACGGACGAGGUUCAGCCAGGUGAUGCAGGAACCGGACGAUUUCUACAGGUGGAAGUCGGGAGGCAGAUGAACAUAUGGCUCGAGCAGUCGGACAACCUCGAGAGGUGGGAAACCGCGUCGCUGACAGCUUCUGAUCGGCGCGUCCUGAUCACUCAGUGGAUGGGAGCGGCCAUAGCAAGACUCAACAGCCAACAGGCGUAUCGAUACAGUCCUUUCGAAAAGUGCGGGAUGGCCAUGACUGUGGACGGCUCGGGCGAUGAUCGAAUCACCUUGGAGGGUUUGGACAAGCCGUAUACCUUGGCUAACGAUGAAGACAGUAGCGACGACGAACAAGGUUCGGAGAAUGGCAACGAUAAGUCUGAGGAGCGGGCGGAGGACGGCGAUGGAGGACGUGAGACGCUCAUGGAGGGCGUUGACUCCAGCGAUGAAGACGACGGCGCUCUUCUGGAGGACGACGACAGCAUGGACCCACAAGACCCGGAUGAUGAAAUACAGGGAAUGGAGAUCCCGGCAGGCUUUCGUAUUGAAGAAGCUAAACCCGUUGCUCUUGACAGAUUGCUUUUGCGGCGUGGAGUGCUCGUUAGGGUGGGCAUGAGGUGGUUUGGAGGGCUGAUCACUCAACAAUCUCAGAAGGACACUCGCCACCUGUACGACUACUGUGUGCAGCUGAAGCUAGACCAGAGUACGCGCAACUUGAACCCUAACCCUAACCCUUAGAAAAGUUCAGCGGAGAUUCGGAUGCGGCUG